AUGGUCCCGACACUUGUGACUGGCUCUCUCUCAUUUGUCACACUCUUGAGCGCCACAAAAAUUGAACCAAAUCAGAGAUGGGAAGGGAUGAAUGCCAGUGAAGCAAUGACAAACGAGGUCUGGGCUGCCAUUCGUGCUGCGUCGCUGUAUGCUAUGCGAUGGGGUGCGUGCGUGAUUGAAUGCAUGCAUGCAGGCCAAUUGAUGGUGUAUGCUGCUGUUGUUGGGCAGCAAAUGCUGGAACCGUUGGUUGGGAUUGCAUUACAUAGGCAGCAGCAGCCCCAGCAUAAGCAGCAGUAUCAACAGACGUAA